UGUCAUAAUUGAAAACCCAUGUGUACUUUUCAGUGAUUAAAUUUCAUUUAUCUUGAUUUUAUUUUUUAUUUAAACAUCAUAUGAUUAAUGUACAGGUUCCACAUGCUUUCAAUGUCUUUGAUCAUCAACCUGUGCUUAUUGAUAGCUUUGCAUCCUUGCCGGUGACCAAAGAUGGAAUUACGGUGAUAUGGUCCAAAAGAGGAGGGGAUGCAAUGGCCCAAAGCCACUGCGAGUGGCUCCUGACCGUCCCUUCAAUGCCCGAUGCUAUCAACUUCACCUUCAUUCCCAUCACCUCUCUCCUCAAAGGCGUUCCUGGCAGAGGCUUCCUAUCUCAUGCCAUCAACCUCUACCUACGUUGUAAGCCCACUUCUCAUCUCCUCCCUUGGAAAAUAUGGCCACACAAUAACGUACGUUUGCCACAUGAUCCACGUGGCUUACACAUGAAGACACCGAUCCAGAUCGUUCAGAUUACAGGACGCAGAAUUAAUGGAGGAUGGCCCAAAAAUCACAUUAAUUGGAUGCCGGUGCAAUGGAAGAAAUUCUCACACGUAUGCACCGCACCAGUAAAAUACAAUCCAGGGUGGGCCCACGACCCAGACACCGCAUUCGUGGUCAGUGGGGCCCAGCUACAGGUAUUGAAGUACGAGUCGAAGAACGUGCUCCACCUACGGCUCUUGUUUUCCAAGGUAUCGAGCUGCGGCGUCUAUCGAUCGGUCUGGCAACAAGGAUCGUCGGAUACCUCUCAGAAGUUUAGCUUGUUAUCGGCUAUUAGCACGUCCAUAACCGGGUUUUCUGAUAAAGAGAAGCAACCGCCUAUCGUGAUCGUUGAUUCGGGUGUGUUCCCGACGGGCCCACCUGUGCCCCUUCAAGCUCAGAAGCAUUUGAAGUUCGUGGAUACUUCACACGUGUGCAAGGGGGCACAAGAAAGCCCUGGGCACUGGUUGGUGAGUGGGGCUAAGUUAGAUUUGGUAAAAGGGAAGAUAUGUGUACACGUGAAGUUCUCUCUUCUUAAUUUUAAUUUUACAUGUAAAUGAAAUCUUUAUUCUUAUACUACUUGUAGUUGAGGUAGGAA